AUGUACCGCUCAGCCUCGUUGGACUACAUGUACGACGAGCACUCCUUCAUGGACCCAGAGGAUGUGCUGAGUGUGAGCAUCCCACUGGAGGAGCCACAGCGCCCCCUACUGGGGGGAGCGUUGGUACUGCCGUGUUACAUUGAGGACCACACUGUCCCUGACCCCGGAGCCCCCCCCAUCACCCUCUUCUCUCACCGCAUCAAAUGGAGUCUGGUCACUAAAGAGAAGGUCACGACCGUCCUGGUGGCCUUGGAGGGACGAGUGCGUAUCACAGAGAGCUACCUGGACAGAGUCCACCUGGUGGGCUACCCGGGGACCCCAACAGACGCCACCAUCAGGAUCUCUGAGCUGCGGUCCAGUGACUCUGGAUUUUACUGCUGUGAGGUCCAACACGGCAUUGAGGACAACCAUGACAUCGUCCAUGUGCAGGUUCAAGGUUUGGUGUUUCAUUAUCGUGCCAUCAUGGGGCGCUACAGUCUGACUUUUGAGAAGGCGGAGGCAGCGUGCAGCCUGAACAGCGCCGUCAUAGCUUCACCUGAACAGCUGCAGGCGACGUUCAAUGAUGGAUUCCAUCAAUGUGACGCCGGCUGGCUCUCCGACCACACAGUCCGGUACCCAAUCCAUGAUCCCCGGGUGAACUGCUAUGGGGACAAAGAAGAAGUGCCCGGUAUGAGGACCUACGGAGUCAGAGACCUCAAUGAGACCUAUGAUGUCUACUGCUUCGCUCAGAAGAUGACAGGCAGAGUGUUCCACACUGCUUCUGCUGAAAAGUUCACCUUCUCUGAGGCGGCAGUGGCAUGCUUGGCUCAAGGAGCUCAGCUGGCCAAUACGGGUCAGCUCUACCUGGCCUGGCAGGGAGGGAUGGAUGUGUGUAACGCUGGUUGGCUGGGAGACCGGAGCGUCAGAUACCCCAUCAAUGUUCGCCGGCCACAGUGUGGAGGGGGUCUACUGGGGGUGAGGACUGUUUACCUCCACAACAACCAGACAGGAUACCCACGCUCUGAGUCCCGCUACGAUGCCUUCUGCUACACAGAGUCUCCUGAUGAGGAGGGUUCAGGUUCUGAAGAAGAAGGCAGUGGCACUGUCAGCUUUACCACAGUGAUACAAAGCACUGAGGUCUUCUUAACAAAGACCACCAAAGAGAGCGAGGCGGUCGGAGAGCUGGAGACUCUUCGUCCCAACAUCGACUUCCCGUUCACAGAGAGCACAACCAAGCUGUCAACAGAGCUAACAACAAACCUGCCGACAGAGCUUCCUGCAAAGCUAACAACAAACCUACUGACAGAGCUUCCAACAGAGCUAACAACAAACCUGCCGACAGAGUUGCCAACAAAGUCAGCGCUAACAACGAGACGGCCAACAGAACUGCCAUCAGAGCUGCCACAGCAGACAAACGUAACAGACUUUGUCACUGACCUGAUAGAGGCAGCCACCACCAGACCAAACAUGGACCUUCAGCCCAGCACAGGCCCUGUGAUGCCUCUUACUGGUGUGGUCUUCCUUUACCGCUCUGGCUCCAGACGCUAUGCCUUCACCUUCGUUGAGGCCCAGCUGGCUUGUAGGAGUGUCGGAGCCUCCAUCGCCUCCCCACAGCAGCUACAGGCAUCCUAUAUGGCCGGAUAUCACCAAUAUGACGCAGGAUGGUUACUGGACCAGACUGUGAGGUAUCCAAUUAUUUCCCCUCGGGAUAACUGUGCUGGAGAUCUUGGGGAUCAACCUGGAGUUCGCUCAUAUGGUUUGAGGCCAGCAGAAGAAAGAUAUGAUGUGUACUGCUUCAUCGAUGGGCUCAAAGGGGAAGUCUUCCAUGUGGGCUCAGCUGAGGGUUUCACCCUUAACGAGGCAGCUUCCAGCUGUCAGGAGCACAACGCUGUGCUGGCCUCCAUCGGAGAACUCUAUGCAGCAUGGAAAAUGGGUUUUGAUAAGUGUCGUGCUGGCUGGCUUGCCGAUAAAAGCGUCCGCUAUCCGAUCAACAGCCCCUGUCCUGAGUGUGAAGGCGGGAAAUCCGGAGUUCACACGGUGUACACUCACCCCAACCAGACAGGCUACCCUGAACCUGAGUCCAGAUAUGACGCGUACUGUUUCAGAGUGGAUAUUCUACUCAUUGCUAAUGAAACUGGACUGAACAUCACAGAUAUCCAGAAGGCUCUCCUGAAGCAAACAUCCAUUAUUGAUUUGUUGAGGCCUGCUGGACCUUCCAUCGUUCCUCCUAUCGCCGUUGAGUCUUCAGGGUCUGGGUCAGGUUCAGCAGACUUUGGCUCAGGCUCUGCAGUUGAUAAUGCUUCGGGGGGUACCUCUGGAGACCUGUUUGGUUCUGGAGAGCUGUCUGCGUCCAUAGACUGGUCUGGCAGUAUGAGCUCUGGUCUGCCCAGUGGAUCUUCAGGGUUCAGCAGUAGUGAUGCUCCCGUAUAUGGAUCUGGAUCAGGUCUCCGUGGAGACGCAUCUGGCCUAACUGUGGUUUUCUCUGGUUCUGAAGGAGCUGUCUCUGGAGAGGGAUCUAGUUCAGGUGGACUCCAGGAAGCUGUAGAAGGGAGCACAGAGCUCCUCAUCCUCCCGUCAUCUGGAGCAGGAUCUGGGGUGCUCAGUAGUAGUGGGGAUCAGUCUGGAUCUGGUUUCAGUUCUGCAGAAAGUGGCUCCUCUUUGGACAGCUCUGUACACUUCUCUGGGUUCAUCACCACCAAGGACUUCUCUGAGUUCAGUGGUUCAUCAGGACUCUACUCAGGAAGUGGACUGUCAGGAAGUGGACUAUCAGGGAGUGGUGAGUCUCAGAUCUUAUUUAUAGAUGGUGACUUGAUUGAUGCAUCAGCCCUGAGAACCUACAGGGAGAAUGAACUUGGUGGGGGCCUCCUGGUGUUCAGUGGCUCUGGAGACCUUUCAGGAUCUGGGAGUCUCAGUGGGGAUCUCAGUGGGUCAGCCUCUGGAGAGGACUCUGGAUUCUCAGGUGUAAACUUUGUGGGCUCAUGGUUUACUGACCUCUCAGUGUCUGCUUCUGGAGAGCAGGAGGCCUCUGGGUUUUUACUUUACAGCUCUGGACAAGGGGGUGGUGGAUUUCUGUCCGGAUACAAGAGCUCAAGUUUCGUGUCAGGGUCUGGAUCAGGAACAUCUGGAUCAGGAGUGUCAGGAUCAGGAACAUCUGGAUUAGAAGCGUCUGGAAGUGAGUCCUCAUCAAGCGGAGAGGAAGGCACUGUUACCUUCUUGUCAGGGGAUUUUAUAACUGAUAGAGACAGUAAACCAUCUCUGGAGCUUGGACAGGGUUCGAUGGAGUUCAAAGGAGAAGGAAGCAGCAGUGGGUUUUUCUCCGGUGGUGGAGUCGACCACAUGUCCUCAGCCAGCGGGAUGUCUUCAGGAUCUUCCUCUGGAGACUCGGGACUCGCAGCAGGACUCGCUGCCCCUACAACCCUAGCUGCCCCAGCCUCCAUUCACAGCCCAGGCAAGAUAGAUGUGUGCCAUUCCAACCCGUGUGCCAAUGGAGCCACCUGUGUGGAGAACGCAGACUCUUACAAAUGCUUAUGCCUGCCAAGCUACGGAGGGGAGCGCUGUGAGAUCGAUAAGCAGCUGUGUGAGGACGGCUGGAUUAAGUUUCAGGGGAACUGCUACCUGCACGUCUCUGACAGACAGACAUGGCUGGAGGCAGAGCAGAGCUGCAGAGACCUGAACGCACACCUGGUCAGCAUCAUCACCCCCGAGGAGCAGCACUUUGUUAACAUGAACGUGCAGGACUACCAGUGGAUCGGUCUGAACGAUAAGACGAUGGAGAACGACUUCAGAUGGACAGACGGGACUCCUCUGCAAUAUGAGAACUGGAUGCCCAACCAGCCGGAUGAUUACUUUCACUCUGUGGAGGAUUGUGUGGUGAUGAUCUGGAACGAGAGCGGUCAGUGGAACGACGUGCCCUGCGACUACCACCUGCCGUUUACCUGCAAGAAAGGCCCAGUGUCAUGCGGCGCCCCCCCUCAGGUGGAGAACACCCACAUGUUUGGUACCAGGAGGGAGGAGUAUCCUGUGAACUCCAUCAUCAGGUAUCAGUGUAACCCGGGCUUCAGACAGCGCCACCUGCCUGUGGUCCGCUGUAAAGCAGACGGGCAGUGGGAGACUCCACAGGUGGAGUGUACUGGCGGCUUCGCUGUGGGGCCCUCGGGGCUCUGUAAGGGGCGACUCGGGCUAUGGUGGGUAGGCCGCUCGCUGCAAGCCGGGUCCCUACUUGGGAGGGAGGGUGACACAGAGUGGGCCACCAGGUAUCACAGCGAGGGGCUGACUGACAGUGAGGACAGUGAACACACCGUGAAGCCUGCAACAGAUCGGAAGGUUAGCAAAGAGGCUGAGGAGGCUCUGGUGAUGACAUCAGCAGAUAAGGAAACAUUCAAACAAAGCAGCGUCUGGAUCAGACACAACUUCGAUAAAACCAUUAACACAAGUGGUAGCCAGCUUUUGGAGCUCUGUGGCACACUGGGUCUGUACAUCGUCAAUGGCCGUUUACGAGGAGACUCCCUGGGUCGGUUCACAUUCAGCUCAGCUCUCGGUAGCAGCACGGUUGACUAUGCCAUCACAGACCUCGACCCGAUGUCUCUCAAAGCUUUCACAGUCAGCCCGCUUAGCCCGCUGUCAGACCACAGUUUGCCUGCCAGGUGCGGAGCAGAGCCCUGCAGAAUGUGA